AUGCCCCUGGCCCCCAAAGCGGCUGCCGUCCCUCUCACACACCCACGUCUGGUUGAUUCUCAGCAGCCCCGUGGCCCGGUCAAACGUGAAGCUCGACAAGUCGCCCUUGUCGUCGGGCAGAACCGCGCAGUCAUACGCGGUGUCGCCGGUGAAGAAGUUGGGGCUGCGCGUCGACAGCCCCGUGCAGGUCGUCUUGUGCGAGAGCGCCGAGUUCUGCAGCGUAAAGUUGGCCAGGCCGUAGUUGACUUGGGACGAGGCUAUGGCCACCCGCUCGUCGCGGUACUCGAAGCCCGUGAUGCGCCAGAGCAGCGUCGUCGCCGACGCCGCCGUGCACACCUUGUCCGCGGCCCGGGACAGCGCCUGGCCGGCCAGCGCGAGCGUGACGAGGGAUGUUGCUGA